CUGUGAGGUUAAGUUGAACUGCUUAGUUGGUAGAAAGCGGCUGAUAGAUAAGUUAAAAAUAGGAUAAUUUAUAACAAUAACGUCUGCAAAAUGAUAGCACGAAAGAUAGUAAGACAGUUAAUGUAUAUGUCAUCACUAAAACAACCAAUGGUGACAGCUACGAGAAUAUACCAUGUGACCAACAUGCAGCUGGUCCCAAGCAAGCGAACAAAACUUGAGCUGAAACGUCGUCUGAAAGCGGAACAGAAGGCCAAGGAAAAGGCUGAGAAGGAGGCAACUCGCUUAGCUACUGAGACUCCAGAAGCCGGUCAAAAGAAAAAAUCUUCCGCUGAGUUGGAAGAGGAUAUCUCUCCCAAUGAAUACUUUAAGCUCAGAUCAGCUGCCGUCGCUGAUUUAAAGCAAACAUCUGAAAACCAUCCGUAUCCACACAAAUUCCAUGUCAGCCUUUCCCUUGAAAAGUUUAUUGAGCAAUAUGCCCAGCUCAACGAUGGCGAGACUCUCGACCAGGUCAAUUUGAGUGUUGCUGGACGUAUUCACGCCAUUCGUGAGUCCGGGGCUAAGCUCAUUUUUUACGAUUUGCGCGGUGAGGGCGUCAAGUUGCAAGUAAUGGCCAGUGCUAAAUCAUACAAAAGUGAAGCGGCCUUUGAACAAGACACGGCCAAGCUGCGCCGUGGCGAUAUUAUUGGUGUCAAUGGUCAUCCCGGCAAGACCAAGAAGGGAGAACUAUCCAUUAUGCCCACUGAGCUUAAACUCCUCUCCCCCUGUUUGCACAUGCUGCCCCAUCUGCACUUUGGGCUCAAAGACAAGGAGACGCGCUACCGCCAGCGCUAUCUUGACCUAAUACUAAACAACAAAGUGCGUGAAAAUUUCCAGAUUCGCGCAAAGAUAAUAUCAUAUGUCCGCCAAUUUCUAGAUCGCAUGGGCUUCCUUGAGAUUGAGACACCAAUGAUGAACAUGAUUGCUGGUGGCGCCACAGCCAAGCCCUUCGUCACGCAUCACAACGAACUUAAAAUGGAUUUGUUUAUGCGUAUAGCACCAGAGUUGUAUCACAAAAUGGUCGUCGUUGGCGGUCUGGAUCGGGUUUACGAGAUUGGUCGCCAGUUCCGCAACGAGGGCAUCGAUUUGACCCACAAUCCUGAAUUCACCACUUGCGAAUUUUACAUGGCAUAUGCCGAUUAUUAUGAUUUGAUUGAGAUUACUGAGCAAAUGAUAUCUGGUAUGGUUAUGGCCAUUCACGGCUCCUACAAAAUUAAAUACCAUCCUGAUGGUCCCGAGGGUGUCGAGCAAGAGAUUGACUUUACGCCACCAUUCAAGCGUGUUUCGAUGAUCAAGACUCUCGAGGAGACUCUGCAGGUCAAGUUUCCAUCAGCGGACACAUUCAACAGUCCGGCUACCAACGAAUUUCUGUCCCAAUUGUGUGCUAAACAUCAGGUGGAGUGUCCAGCGCCACGCACCACCGCCCGUCUUCUAGACAAACUGGUCGGCGAAUUCAUUGAAGAGACAUGCCUUAAUCCGACAUUCAUUUGCGAGCAUCCGCAAAUAAUGUCCCCGUUAGCCAAGUACCAUCGAAGUGUGCCUGGGCUCACAGAGCGUUUUGAACUCUUUGUGGCCAAAAAAGAGGUGUGCAAUGCGUACACAGAACUAAACGAUCCCGUGGUGCAGCGCGAACGUUUCGAGCAACAAGCUGGCGACAAAGCCGCUGGUGAUGACGAAGCUCAAAUGGUUGAUGAGAACUUCUGUACAGCGCUAGAAUAUGGUCUACCACCCACCGGUGGCUGGGGUAUGGGCAUUGAUCGAUUAGCCAUGUUCCUGACCGACUCAAACAACAUUAAGGAGGUGCUGUUAUUCCCUGCCAUGAAACCUGAGGAAGCGAAUCGCACACCCGCAGCUAAUGCAGCCGAUAUAAAGCAGUCCGCCCAACAAUAGACGAGCCUUAAUUUAACCAGUUACAAAACCACACACACAUGUGUGCUCCACUUCU